UCUCCAAUCGCCGCCAUUCACACGUCGUACCAAGCUUCUCUUUCGCCGUCCGUUUUGCGAUUUCUCCGACGAAACACUGAUUUUUUUGAAUUUGAACACAGGCAACGACGCCGGAGACCAUGAAAGGGAUUGCUAGGCUUCUGAAUUCUCUUUCGCGAAAAAGAACUUGCGAGAUCUUUUCUUCGCCUUCUUCUCUUCUGAUUUCAUCACGUCGCCUUCUAUUUAUCUCGGCGGCGACGCAAUUUCCAACGAAUUUAUUGGAUGCCAGAACGGCUAAUUCUGCUCGUGAUUCUUCGUUUCCCCUGAAUUCGAUCUCACUGGGAGUGCAAAGGAGGACAAUGUUUAUCCAAACACAAUCAACACCAAACCCUUCUUCUCUGAUGUUUAAUCCUGGCAAGCCAGUCAUGGAAGUUGGAAGCGCAGAUUUUCCUAAUUCUCGUUCAGCUAUGGGUUCACCGUUGGCCAAAGCCAUUUUCGCCAUUGAUGGUGUUGUUCGAGUUUUCUUUGGGUCCGAUUUUGUCACUGUAACAAAGUCAGAUGAUGUAACAUGGGAUCUCCUCAAGCCUGAAAUCUUUGCAGUUGUAAUGGACUUUUACUCUUCUGAUCAGCCUUUGUUCCUUGAUUCACAAGCUGCAGCUGCCAAGGAUACUGCCAUUAACGAGGAUGACUCUGAAACUGUAGCAAUGAUCAAGGAACUCUUGGAGACUCGCAUCCGACCAUCAGUCCAAGAUGAUGGAGGGGACAUUGAGUAUUGUGGAUUUGAUACGGAAACUGGUAUAGUGAAGCUUCGAAUGCAAGGAGCUUGUAGUGGGUGUCCAAGUUCAUCUGUGACUUUGAAAUCAGGGAUUGAGAAUAUGCUGAUGCAUUAUAUAUCCGAGGUUAAAGGUGUUGAGCAAGAAUUUGAUGGUGAAGAGGAGGGAACAUCAUCUGGCCCAAUUGAGUAGAGUAACAGAAGCGCAUUAGAAAAACUUGAGCCUUUGUUGCUGCACUUAAAUAUACAGAAGAAUAAUAAACCAGAGGUACAUUAGCUUUGUCAUAGUUGUUGAAUUUCAUCAAACCUCGGAAAACUAUAGACUACUGAGGAAUCAUGCGUUAGGUUGUCUGAUUUAAACCCAGUAAUUGAUUUCUUAUGGAUUGUAGUGGCUCGUAUUGAGCAUUUAACUGUAUUUGAAAUGGUAAAGAUUUGUUGCCAAA